AUUUUAUCUUACGAUAUCUCAAAUACGCUGUUGGUCUUUUACUCUCCUAGUUCAUGUCUUACGCUGUAAGAUCGUCAAUAGAAUAAUUUCAUGAAAACCUGUUUCCGACCCUAAAAAUUGAUGGAUUGAACGAAGGGUGUUUUUAGACGAUGGCGACUCCACCUGUCGGCUAGUUAAUGAGCGGCCACCAAAUACAGCGAACUCCAACAGGGAAUUGGACUGUGGUUGACACAUUAGAACAGCCUCCUUGUGACAUUCGAGAGGGUUCCUUCCACCAUGUGCAAAAUGCGGAAGUUGGACCAUCAGGCAAUUCACCGAUGACGUCAUCGACGUCCAGCCAAUCUGCGCAGCCCGGCACCCCACGGUAUCACCACGUCAGAAACAACGCGGGCAGCGGUCUUCUUGCUCGAGUUUCCAGCAGGAUUGAAGAUGCUGAGCCAACUGUAGCUGCCACCGGUGGAGACCUGGAAAACUCGCACAUCGCAGGCCCCAGUGGGAGCCAAGCCGAUGGUUGCGUCGGCCCGAACGGCACGAAAAGGAAAGAGAAGAAAAGUAAGAAAAAAUGCAGUAAAACGACUGGAAAACAAAAGGUAGACUGGAAAAAAGUUCGAAGACGGUUGAAAAAAACGAUUUACUCACUGAGCGAAGAGGAUCUCAUUCUCCUGUAUCGGCUCUACCAAGUAAAAUAUGAAAACAGUGUUCCACAAAUCCCCACAAUUUCGCAUGAUAAUUUGGUCGAGCUAUUUUGGCGCGAAGCCAACGGAACUAUCUUGAGUGUAUGCAAGCUUUUCAAUUUGCUGCACGUCAUGAAAAAGAUCAAUAGAGAAAAAAGGCAAAAGGUCAGAGUGAAAACUCUACCUACGAAGAGACCUGCGGCAUCCAAACGGACAAAGCAAGAUGUCAAGGAUGAAAGCAAUGGCAGCAGUACUAGUACUAAAUCAAGAACUGAAAGCCACCAACCAAGUUCUGACGAAGAAUCGGAUCCCGAUAAAGCUAAUGCAAAGAACCAUUGUAUUAUACUGUAGUUACUUUAGUUUUAUCCGUUGUAUUAAUUUUACAAGGGGAUCUGUAAAAAGAGCUGGUUUGAAAACUUACACCCAACCAUUGUACCAAGUAUGGUUCCAUCAGAGUAUUAGAAAAGAAAGGAAAAAUUGAGAGCCUAUGAUUACUUCCUUAGAACGCGACACACUGGGUGGGUAAGUAAUGAAUCCUUCGAGCAACUAUUCGGUACUUUAAUUAAUUCAGUUCUUGUCUCGGUGAAAAAAAAUUACAUAUUAGUUGUAAAAUUAAGUGACAAUGCAGAUGGAUUUCAGAUCCAUA